CUUCCUCAGAUGAUGCUGCCACUCCUGCUCCUGUUGGCCUUUCACCUGCUUCCUGGAUCUAUAGCAGAGGAGAUCAUUGGAGGUCAUGAAGCACAACCUCAUUCACGUCCAUACAUGGCGCUUGUGGCAUUACUUCGUGAUGAUGGCAAAUGGCAAACGUGUGGUGGUUUCCUUGUGGAAGAAGAUAUUGUCCUGACAGCAGCUCACAUUCCAAGAAGCCCCAUGACUGUCAUCUUGGGGGCUCAUGACUUUCUGUUGCAAGAAGAGACACAGCAGAAAAUUCCUGUGAAAAAAGCAAUCCCGCACCCUAAUUUUAUCGAUGCGACCAGUGGAAAUGACAUCAUGAUACUACAGCUGAAGACAAAGGCCCAACUGACUCCAGCUGUGGGCCUGCUCCCCCUGCCUGGUGAUAGUGACCAGGUGAGGCCUGGUCAGGUGUGCAGUGUGGCUGGCUGGGGACGGAUCACUCAGAAUGAAACAACAAGCAAGCUUCAUGAAGUGGAUCUUAUCAUUCAAGAGCCCUUCCAGUGUGAACACCGCUUCCUGAAUUAUGACAGAACAUCUCAGUUGUGUGUAGGAGACCCUCAGAAACAGAGGUGUUCCUUUAAGGGAGACUCUGGAGGCCCCUUGGUAUGUGGAAAUGUGGCUCAGGGUAUUGCCUCCUAUGGAAAGGAAGAAGGAAUUCCCCCACGUGUCUUCACCAAAAUCUCCAGUUUCUUACCCUGGAUAAAGAAAACAAUAAAACAUCUCCAACUGGAAGAAUCACCUUGA